CGAAAUCAGUAUUUCACUUCAGUAAAUUUGUGAACACAAAAACCAAACCCUUUCAUUUCACACCCAUUCCAUUUCAGUAUUUCACUUUACUCCCUCCUUUCUCACUCACCCAUUUCCUCCUCCCACCAAAAAAUGCAACUCCCACACCCAAAAAACUCAACCAAAAACACCCACAAAAAACCCAAACACAAACACCCAAAUUCCGAUCAAAUUCCCCAAUCAACCCCCAAAUCUUCUCCUUCAAUCUCAUUCAAAUCCAACAAUGAAGUAAAACCCCUCAAAUUCGGCGGCCAAUUCAUCAUCAAAUCCUUCACAGUUCGUCGUUCUCGUUCAUUACAACUCUCUUUACUCCUAAAUCUCUCCCCUCCUCAACAUUUCCCUUCAACAAUCACUUUCCUCCCUUCAAAUUUCACCAUUUUAGCCCACCAUGCUUGGCAUACCUUAACUCUUGGGUUAGGUACCAAGAAAUCUAAGGUCAUUAUCUUUGUUUUUGACUCUGUUACUGCCAAAUCCACCGUUGAUUUAAAAUGGCCGGUUGAGAUCGCUUUAGGUGACGUCAAUAAACGGUUGAUUCGGGGAAUGGACGGCUGGGAUUUUGCAAGGUUUAAGUUUAGAAAAGGGUGUAUUACUUUUUAUGUGUUUGCUGUUAGGAAAUGUGGUGAAAAAGGAUUCCAGUGUGGUGAAGACUUGCGUGUUAUCCUGCACUCGGUUGUUGCUCUUAAUGAUUUUCUUGAUCAUACGGCUAUGCUUGCUUUGCCUAAUCAAAGAUCCAUCAAUUUUUCUUCAUCUAAUACUACUACUCAUCAUCCUGUUGCAGCGCAUUGAUUUUAUUUAUUUUUUUGGUCUAGAUUAUUUGGGGAAAUUUUGGGUAUAUAUGUAUUUUGUGCUCUAUUACUAAAAAUAAUUAAAUUAGAGAAAACUUUUAAAAUUUGUUAUUUUGAUAUUGUAUUUUUUAUGUAAUUUAAUUGUGUUUAUUUUCUAAUUUCUUAAUAUACUUGUUCCAUUUCAUAACACUUUAUACUGGAUGUGACGUGUUGUGUGGAAAAAUGUCAAUAUUAAUAGCGAGUAUUAUGAAAUGGAGGAAGUAUUUUUUAACGCUAAUUCUUAAAGGAGACGGUCUCAUAAUAAAAGCAUUUCUAUUGGGUUGGGUGACUUAUGUACAU